UCUGGUUGGUGGUGGCUACUUUCUGAGCGGCGGGGAUGGAGGCGUCGCGCUGCCGCCUCGGACCCAGCGGGGACAGUGCCUUUGAAGAUGAGGCUAUGAAGCUUCGACAGCUGAAACUCGAUAAUCAGAGAGCACUGCUGGAGAAGAAGCAGAGGAAAAAGCGCCUGGAACCACUCAUGGUGCAGCCAAACCCAGAAGCCAGGCUACGUCGGUCAAAGCCAAGAGGUAGUGAGGAGCAUACUCCCUUGGUGGAACCUCAUACGCCUCACAACAAUGUCAUCCUACAUGGCAUUGAUGGUCCAGCUGCUUUCCUGAAGCCAGAUGCUCAAGAUUCAGAAACCAAACUUCAUGUUCUCUCAGUUGGCUCUUCUGCUACAGAAGAGGAUACUGAAGGAAGUGUUGAUGGGGAAAGCACUUUGGAUAAUGCUUCUAAGCCAGAUCUUCAGGAGAUUCUCCAAAAACACGGUAUCUCAGGUAGUUUGAACUUUGAUGAGGAGACUGAUGGGGAGGAAGAAGAAGGAAAAAAAUUAUCUCAUUCACCAUGUUCAGAGGCAGAGAGACCCAGUUCUGCAUCCAGCCAGAAAUCAACCAUGGAUACAGGAGCUUCAGGUACUUCAGCCCAACAAACUGAUAACCAGCUGGGAGAAGUAAAGAAUUUAGAGGAUUUUGCUUAUAGUUCUGCUCCUCGAGGUGUCACAGUAAAGUGUCGGAUAACCAGGGAUAAAAAAGGAAUGGAUCGGGGUCUCUUCCCCACUUACUUUAUGCACUUGGAAAAGGAUGAAAAUCGGAAGAUAUUUCUUCUUGCUGGUAGAAAACGGAAAAAGAGCAAAACAUCCAACUACCUUAUCUCCACUGAUCCAACAGAUUUAUCUCGUGAAGGGGAAAGUUAUGUUGGCAAACUCAGAUCCAACCUCAUGGGGACCAAGUUUACAGUUUAUGACCAUGGUGUCAGCCCAGCCAAGGCCCGAGAAAAGGCCCACAGCCGGCAGGAGCUGGCAGCCAUCUGUUAUGAGACAAAUGUGUUUGGAUUUAAAGGUCCUAGGAAGAUGUCUGUGAUCAUUCCAGGAAUGAAUAUGAAUCAUGAACGGAUCCCAUUUCGGCCACAAAAUGACCAUGAGAGCUUGCUUUCAAAAUGGCAAAACAAAACCAUGGAGAACUUGAUUGAGCUGCACAACAAGGCCCCAGUGUGGAAUGAUGACACUCAGUCCUAUGUCCUGAACUUCCAUGGCCGGGUCACUCAGGCAUCUGUGAAGAACUUCCAGAUAGUCCACGAAAAUGACCCUGACUAUAUUGUCAUGCAGUUUGGACGUGUGGCAGACGACGUGUUCACUCUGGACUACAACUACCCGCUGUGUGCACUCCAGGCCUUCGCCAUUGGGCUUUCUAGCUUUGACAGCAUGCCUGCUUCCCAUCAAGUGCCUCCUUCAUAGAAGUGCCCAAAGCCCUUCAGACCUCUGGCACCACCUUCCUCGUGUACUGUCAAACGAGCUGCCCUCCUUGAAAACAAAGCCGUUCAGUUAUCUCUGGAUGCAGUAAUUGACAACAUCUGGAGAAGGGAGUCUCAUGGCCUGACCAGAUCUAACCCUGCUUCUUCCUGCUCACUCUGGCUAAGAGAUUUAUACCCCAGCUUCAUGUACUUGCUGCUUGAAUGUGUAGGUGAUUGGUUUUACAUACGUCAUAUUUAUACCUUUUGUAUGCUAUAGAAAUAAAAAAUA